CUACAUUUGAAAUUACCGCGCUAAAUUAGUAACUUGUUCCUUUACUCGCAGCGCCACCGUCGGUCGGCCAUUUUUAGAAGUCCGCCAGCGUGCAUCGGUGUAAAAUAAUCGUAAAUUUGGAAAAAUGAAAGCGAAAGGGCAGUUGAAGGAGUUCGAGGUGAUCGGCAGGAAACUGCCCACCGGCAAGGAGGUGACCACUCCUCUCUACAAGAUGAGGAUCUUUGCUCCCGACGGCAUUGUGGCCAAAAGUAGAUUCUGGUACUUCUUGCGUCAGCUUAGGAAGUUCAAGAGCAGCACGGGCGAGAUCGUCAAUAUCAAAGAGAUCCCGGAGAGGUCGCCGACCAAGAUCAAGAACUUCGGUAUUUGGCUUAGAUACGAUUCCCGUUCCGGAAGCCACAAUAUGUACAGAGAGUACCGCGACCUGAGCGUGUCCGGCGCUGUCACAAACUGCUACCGUGACAUGGGUGCCCGUCACCGUGCCAGAGCUCACAGCAUUCAGAUCAUCAAGGUCGAGCAGGUCAAGGCUUCCGCCACCAGGCGCCCCCAGGUCAAGCAGUUCCACGACAGCAAGAUCAAGUUCCCUCUGCCCAAGAGAGUUGGACAGAAGACUACCCUGCCCAGAUUUUCCAUCAAGCGUCCGCGCACUUACUUCUUGUAAUUCAUUUCCUUUUUGGUUUUGUUUAAGUAAUAAAGUGACGCUGAUUCUUCUUGGAA